ACAUAUAUAUAAGACACAACAACUCAGUUCAACACAAUCCUAACAUUAUUAACAUUCAUUCCCCUUUUCACCAUUCAAAAUGUUGUCUUGUUCCGUUGCCAAAAUCCGAUUCUUCAUCAAACCGCCUCCAUGCAUUUUGCUCUUCUUCCUUCUCUCUUUCACCUCCUUCACUUCAACAGAAGCAUAUGAUGUGCUUGAUCCAAACGGAAAUAUCACAAUCAGAUGGGAUAUUAUAAGCUGGACACCAGAUGGUUAUGUUGCUGUUGUUACAUUAAACAAUUUCCAGCAAUACCGCCACAUCUCGGCGCCAGGGUGGUCGCUAGGGUGGACAUGGGCAAAGAAAGAGGUAAUAUGGAGCAUGAUGGGAGGGCAGACUACCGAACAAGGCGAUUGCUCGAAAUUCAAGACAACCCCACCACAUUGCUGUAAAAAGGACCCAACCGUUGUAGAUUUACUUCCCGGAACACCAUACAAUCAACAAAUUGCAAAUUGUUGCAAAGGAGGUGUACUCAGCUCAUGGGCACAGGAUCCGGCAAAUGCCAUUGCAUCAUUUCAAAUCAGUGUUGGUAGAGCUGGAACCUCUAACAAAACAGUCAAAGUGCCCAAGAACUUCACCUUGAAAGCACCGGGACCGGGUUAUACGUGUGGGCCGGGAAAAAUUGUUCAACCUACUCAAUUCUUAACAGGAGAUAAAAGAAGAAGGACUCAAGCUCUCAUGACAUGGAAUGUGACAUGCAUGUAUUCACAAUUUCUAGCUCAGAAAACUCCCACUUGCUGUGUUUCACUCUCAUCUUUCUAUAAUGAUACCAUUGUACCCUGCCCGACAUGUUCGUGUGGCUGCCAGGGAAACUCUUCUCAAUCCGGGAACUGUGUAGAUCCAGAUACACCGCAUUUGGCAUCGGUUGUUGCUAACCCUGCAAAGAGUUCCCCUUUCGUUCAAUGUACUCGCCAUAUGUGUCCUGUUCGAGUUCAUUGGCAUGUUAAGCUUAACUACAAGGAGUACUGGCGUGUGAAGGUCACUAUUACUAAUUUCAAUUACAAGAUGAACUAUACAGAUUGGAACUUGGUUAUUCAACACCCGAAUUUCGACAAUCUGACUCAGCUUUUUAGUUUUAACUACAAGUCAUUGACACCCUAUGGCACAAUAAAUGAUACAGCAUUGCUAUGGGGAAUUAAGUUCUACAAUGAUUUGCUCAUGGAAGCCGGUCCGGAAGGUAAUGUACAAUCAGAGCUACUCUUCCGAAAGGAUAAAUCAACUUUUACUUUCGACAAAGGUUGGGCGUUUCCUCGGAGGAUCUAUUUCAAUGGUGACAACUGUGUGAUGCCACCACCUGAUGCUUAUCCGUGGUUGCCAAAUGCCAGUUCCCGGCGAGAGGUUUCCUUGCUAGCUUUAGUGCUGGCUUCCUUUGUAGUCUUUGCAUUGUGCGCAUAUGCUUAAUGUUCAUAUUCAUGACCAUUGGAAACUCAACUUCGCCACCAAAAUUAUCAGUCUGACUAGUUUUGAUGCAAAUUUGGAAUAUCAAUUGGAAAUUUGAUCAGAUACAGAGAUUGACAUGCAGUAAAAAAUUCAAGAUUAGUUCAGGACUCAUGAUUUAAUUUCCAACUUUAAGCAUAUUGGUGGUUGAAUGUUGCUGCUGUGGUGUCGUUUCGAUAAUGGUGAAGACUCGUAUGCAGUUGUCUUCAUGUGAGUUUCUACCUUCGGUAGUAUGGAUUCACCUCUUCAUUGAGUUCGAGUAAGGCGAGAUUGUGUUUCUAUUAGUGUGACAUGUUGAGCAUUUAGU